UCCUUACAUUCGGCAAAAUCGAUAUGGUAUCUCAUAAUCGGGGACUUUCCUCUAUAUAUUUAAAAAUAUGCAUGUUUUAUGGUAAACUAAAAUUGUUGAAUUCAAUUGUAUAUAAUAUGACAAACAUGUAUAAUAAAAAUUGCAGAGGCAGACCAUUUGUGCAAUUGUACACAAGAUCAACAAGGCAAAAGGCUUGUUUAUAAAACAAGUAUAUGUUACGAAUGCGUGGACUAAAGGGAAGAAGGUGAAGACGUGCUACUUGGAAAAAUUAAUUGCGCGAAAUUCGGUCAAGAUAUCAUGACAUGACUGUUUUUCUGUGAGAAAUAAAUAUCCGUAGUACUUGGGUUACGGCGUCAAAUCGAUUAAUCGCCCAUUUUUCUCUCCCUCGCAAAUUGUGCGAAUAUUAUUUCUAUAGCAUUCUUAUUUCUGUAGCAUUGCAAUAGCAUAGAUAGAAUGUUCUGCAGCAAUUCUAUUAUAGCAUAUUCAUUGUAUCGUAGUUAAUAUUUGAUGUUGCUACUAUGAGUAAUACGUUUAUGAUAACUUGUAAAAAAAAUUGUCUAAUUUUCAUAAAUUAAGGUAAAUUGUUCAAAUUAGGUAAUGUUCCUCGUAAGUAAUGUAUCUUAUGCUUAGAGAGAAAUAUUCUAAAAUAUUCCACGUAUUCUUCCGAAGAAGAUGUAUGCAAAUUCCAGUCACACAUUCUCAAAUGCAGUCGAAUGCUCGAAGAAGAAUGAUCUCUAUAGUUGAACAUUUUCGACUCCAUCGAACAUUGCUAUUGGCCAUUGGCUUAUGGCCCUACAACCAAUCAAAAUUUGUUGAAUUACAAUUCUUACUGUUCUUUGCUGUUCCAAACAGUUUUAUUAUAUUUCAGCUUAUAUCGUUUAUAACUUCUGAAUAUACUGUUGAUCUUCUUAUUAAAAUUCUGUCUACAAUAUUCUUUUUUCUUUUCUGCGAAGUUCAUCAUACUUCGUUUUGGUUUAAUGCAUAUACUGUGCAGUGUUUCGUGGAGCGUCUUCAGCAUGUCUCUUGUGAAUUAAAAGAUGAAAACGAGAUCGCAAUAAUAAAAAAAUAUGGAAAGAGCGGAGAACACAUUACAAUUAUACUUACAUUGUUUGCGGUGUGCUGCGGAAUAAUUAUGAUAUCUUUUGCCAUUUUGCCGUGGAUUCUUGGCACCUUUCUAUUCGGAAAUGAAUCUCGACCACUUCACAAUAUGCCAAUUGUAACUGAAUAUUUUGUUGACAAAGAAAAAAAUUUUUAUUUAAUUAUUCUGCACACAUACGCAUCUAUUUACAUAGGAGUGACUGCGAUGGUGGGAGGAGGAAUGAUGCUAAUGGCAUACCUAAAACACAUUUGCGGACUAUUUAGCAUUGCAAGUUACCGUAUGGAACAAACUAUAAUGUUAAAUACUCACGAAGAAGCUAAUCGAAGGAACGAGAUGGAGAUGAACAAGAAGUUACGACAUGCAGUGGAUGUACAUCGUACAGCUAUUGAGUUGUCUGAAUUCUUUACAUCUAGUUUCAAUGGAACAUAUUUUUGUCUAAUAGUGGUAGGCGUUAUUUGUUUAGUCCUUAAUCUCUAUCAAGUAUUUCGAUCUGCAGUGCUUCUAGGUAACAUAGAAGAGAUUUUAUUACACCUUAUCUUCGCAGUAUCAAUGCUUCUAUAUGGUUCAUUGGCCAAUUAUAUCGGUGAAGAAAUUAUAGAACACUAUAACGACAUGUUUUCUAUGGCAUACAUCAUUGAGUGGUAUACAGCUCCUAUAUGCAUACAAAGAUUGAUAUUAUUUCUGUUGCAAAGAAGUUGUAAAGCUUAUGGCCUCAAAAUAGCUGGACUUUUUAUAGCAUCUCUAGAGUGCUUUGCCUCGGUAAAAUUGUUAUACAUUAUACAUCAAUAUACAUGUAUAAUAUGCCACAUUGUUCCUAGCCUAACAUAAAGUUGUUUAUUAUAGUUAUUUGCUGCAGCGAUAUCUUAUUUUACUGUUAUAUAUUCUACACAGACGUGAUACGACUAUCAAUCAUCUAAUAGUAUAUUGAGAAGAAAUGAAUAAGUUUACAAAUAAGUGAUAGAAACCGUUUCCAAAUAAUUUGUUGCGUAAAUUGAUUAGUGGUUUAAACAUAUCACUUUUUUAAUAAUAUCUUUUAAUAUAAUAAUAGAGUUGAUAUAAAAUAAAAAACAAGUAGAAUGACGUUUGGGCACCUAAAAAGUUAUGUAUUGGUUUAAUGAAAUCUAAAGAAUAUGCUCGUGCACGCAUACGUGGUUGUGUUCGCGUUUGUACGUAUGUGUAUAUUACGUGUUUCUAUAUUUUUAAAACUUUAAGUUUUCAAUUUAUAGAUAUUUAAUAUCUUACAAAUUGAGGUCUGGUCGCAGAUUUAUUUAAUUCAGAAGGAUUACUUCUAUGAUCAGUACUCACUUCGCGUGGACAGUCGAAAACACAUACGAAUCUAUUAAACUUCUUCUUUUCUAACUUUUUAAUAAACAAUGAUCGCCGGUAAAA